UAUAAUAAUUAAUUGAAUACAGAUCAUUGUGCGUUAUCUUCCUCAUCGGCUCUCCAGAUUUGUAGUCUCCUAUUCUUAGAAUCUUUCUUUCACUUCCAAAUUUUAUCCCAUUUUUUUCGUUUUCAAAUCUCCAUUACACUGCGAAACUCGAGCUGUCUCACCGUCUUCUUCGCUGCUCUCUGUUGCUUCUAACUGUUCUUCUGAAUGUCCGUGACUACAUCAUCUUCUCACCAUAUCAUAAUUUUUUCUUAUUGUCUUCUUCGUUUUGGUUUUGGGUUUCUUUCGACGUGAUGGCUGGAAAGGAAGAGCUAGUGGGACGAGCAGAGGAGCGUGGUCCGCCAGUAGUGGCUGAGAUGGAGAGCUCUGUUGUUGAUGCUUCUAACCCUUCUUGGUUCACGCCGUUGAGACUGCUUGUUAUAUUUUGUGUCAUCAACAUGAUAAAUUAUGUGGAUAGAGGAGCCAUGGCAAGCAAUGGUGUGAAUGGGCAUCGGACUACUUGCACAACUGAUGGUACAUGUACAUCUGGUUCCGGAAUACAGGGCCAGUUUAACUUGAACAAUUUUGAGGAUGGAGUUCUAUCCUCUGCUUUUAUGGUUGGACUUCUUUUGGCUUGUCCAAUAUUUGCAUCCUUGGCAAAGAGGGUAAAUCCGUUUAGACUUAUUGGUGUUGGACUCUCUGUUUGGACUUUGGCAGUAGUUGGGUGUGGUCUCUCAUUUAAUUUCUGGUCUAUUGCUGUAUGUCGGAUGAUUGUUGGUGUCGGUGAGGCUUCAUUUAUAAGUCUUGCUGCGCCAUUCAUUGAUGACAAUGCACCAGUUGAUAAGAAAACAAGCUGGCUUGGAGUAUUUUACAUGUGUAUACCAACUGGUUAUGCUAUUGGCUAUCUUUACGGUGGAUCGGUUGGUCAACAUUUAGGUUGGCGAUAUGCAUUUUGGGGAGAGGCAAUAUUGAUGGUUCCUUUUGUAGUUCUUGGCUUUGUUUUAAAGCCCUUGCAAUUGAAGGGUUUUGCUCCUCGAGAGAUAAUUAAUGCACCGAUACCUGUAGAUACAGCUGCCUCAUCAGUUAAAGAUGAUGUAAAAACGAAAGAUGGAGUAUCUCCUCAAGAUAUCCAAGAGAAAAGGGCAGGAAGUUCUUCCAAUUCUGUCCUUAAAGAAGUAUUGCGAUUUUUGAAAGAUAUGAAAGCGCUUCUGGUCGAUAAGGUUUUUGUCGUCAAUGUUCUAGGUUAUGUGGCAUAUAAUUUUGUCAUAGGCGCAUACUCGUAUUGGGGACCCAAGGCUGGUUACAGUAUUUAUCAAAUGAAAAGUGCAGAUAUAAUUUUUGGAGGGAUUACCGUCGUGUCUGGAAUCGUUGGAACACUAGCAGGAGGUUAUAUUUUGGAUCGAAUGAACAACACCAUCUCCAAUGCUUUUAAGCUUCUUUCUAUGACAACAUUUAUUGGAGCGGCCUUUUGCUUCGGUGCCUUUUGCUUCAAAAGCUUAUAUGGCUUCGUGGUUCUUUUCGCUAUUGGUGAACUACUAGUAUUUGCCAUACAGGGACCGGUAAACUUCAUAUGCCUUCAUUGUGUGAAGCCUAGUCUAAGACCGCUUUCUAUGGCUAUUUCCACCGUUUCAAUCCAUAUUUUUGGUGAUGUGCCAUCCGCACCUCUUGUUGGAGUUCUCCAGGACCAUAUUAACAAUUGGAGGAAGACCGCUCUCAUUCUUACUGCAGUUUUUUUCCCCGCUGCUAUUAUAUGGUUCAUAGGAAUAUUUCUUCACAGUGUUGAUAGAUUCAAUGAAGAUAACGAAAAGCAAAUCACGACCAAUAGAUCGAGCGCGGAACCUUCACUCGAACCAGAGAAAGUACAACAAACAAACAAUGAGCAAGUCACAACCAAUAGAUCGAGUGCAGAAUCUUCACUCGAACCAGAGAAAGUACAACAAACAACCGAUAGAUCAAGUGCAGAAUCUUCACUCGAACCAGAGAAAGUACAACAAACAAACGAAACUUGUACGAAAACUUAAGGUUGCAUAUUCCCAAUCCACCUUAUCUAGUAUGAUCUUUUAGUGCAUCUUGUUUGAUGUAAAUAGACUUGUCUUUUAGAUGAUCCUUAUUUAUUUUGAUUGUCUCUACCAAUACAUUCAGAUAAUAAAAGGUUGAAUAGCCUUUGGGUUGAAAGUAAA